AUGGGACAGCAACGACUGGAGGGGCUCACAUUCUCAUUCCCCCUUCCCCCCGCCUACGCCCCCUGCACCACCCCGUUUGAGCACCUCACCAAAGUCACGAUCGACAAUUUGAAGGUGGAAACUCAUCAUCGCGGGCAGUAUCUUCUUUUACGCACACUAACACCGACCCAUUUCCUCGCCUCGGUCACUGGUGCCGUGGAAGAUGAAGAAGGGAAUGUGCUCAUGCUGCAGUUGUACAACCAGGAGACGGCGGUUGUCGAUCGCGGGGGUUUCUCUGGAGGGACUGUGAUGGUUGUGGUCGAGCCGUAUCUGCAUAGGCUUCGUGAUGGGAGUUGUGGAAUUCGCGUGGACCAUCCUUCUGAUCUGCGCAUUCUGUCAGACCACGAAGCUUCGGUGUCCGUGCAGUGGCGACAACAGGUGUUAGGGUCGGAGAUGGAUGCUAUGCAGUGGAAGGCGAAAGGGAACGAUGCGUUCAAUGCAAGAGAUUACCGCCUUGCGAUCGAGUGCUCAACCGCGCCCUCACCUUCCCGCUCCCACCAAUUCGACGCCGCCUUUCAGGACCUCAACACAAUCCCCCAGACCUCGGAGAAACCCCUCCUCCGCAAAGCCCAAGCCCUGUACCAUCUCCAGCGCUUUGCGGAGUCGUGCGAGGUACACGAAGUCCUCGAGAAGGAGUUCCCCGCCAACAGCCUCGCGCAGAGCGAGUUCGCGCGCGCCAAUGCCCGGCUCGCAGAGCAGCAGACAGGGGUGUUUCCAUUCAAGCAGAUGCAGCGCGAGGCCACGAGGCGCUCCCCGCCGCUGCUGGACCACGCCACCUACAUCGGCCCCGUCGCGGUGCGUCCGAACCCAUCCGCUGGGCUGGGGGUCUUCACGACCAAGGCCGUCAAAGCAGGCGAUCUCCUGAUCUGCGAGAAGGCGUUCGCCUACGCCCACGUUGAAUUAAACGAUUACCCCAAAAGCUCAACCUGCCGGAUCGACCCGCUAAUGACGGAGAAACUGGCCAAGAACCGGUCGCUGACGCCCGAGAUUACCGCGCUGUACCACGGGGAAUACGAGAGCGUUGACGGGCGUGAAGUAGACAAUCUCCCGGUGGUGGACAGCUUUCUCCUCGACCGAAUCGUCUCGCUCAACGCCUUCGGCUGCUGCCCGAGCCUGCGCGAGAUCCACCUCCGCAGCUGGGGCUCCGACGGCUGCCCCUCCGGCACCAUGAACGACGUCUCCGCCACCGGCGUGUGGCCGCUGAUCUCGCGGAUCAACCACUCGUGCCACAGCACGGCGCUGUCUACCUUCAUCGGCGACAUGAUGAUCGUCCGCGCCACGCGGGACCUUCCCGCCGAUACGGAAGUCACCUGCAUGUACCGCUCCGUCCAUCGCGAUCGCGACGCUCCCGGUCCCAACAUGCCCCCGCUGGCCCUGAGCUGCCGCAACUGGGGCUUCCAGUGCACCUGCAUCCUGUGCCAGGACCACGCGGCGACCCGUGCCGGCAGCCUGAGCAGACGCCACAAGCUCCAGCAGGAGCUGGAGGUCGUGCUCGCGAUGCACCGGGCGUGGGGGCCGGAUCCCAUGAAGGUGGACGCGCUGCUUACCAAGAUCGCCGGCACGUAUCCCCGGCCGGCGGCGGAGGUGCCCCGACUCGCGCUGGAGAGGGGGUAUCCGUUACUUGCGCUGUUGUACGCUUCGCUGGAUAACCCGCGCAGGGCGAUUGGGUUUGCGGUGAAGGCGCUCGAGGCGCUGGGCUAUGUCGUGGAAGGCGCGCUGGCGCCGUACUCUUCCGGGGGAGGACGGCUGCGGGUGAAGGGGUGGGGCGCGGUGACGGAGGGGCUGGUCGGGUGCUGGGUGACGCUCGCGCAUUCGUAUCGCAAGGUGGCGCCGGCGCUGGCCCCGCAGGCGUCACCCCACCACCCUAUCCACAUUCCCAACCCUGAAUCUCCCACUCCCAUCACCGUAUCUUUACCAACCGCGUAUAAUAUUCCUCCCCCCUUCCCUACCCAAAAGGUCAUCCCAGAAUCACCCUCUAAAAGGUGA